AUCAUGCAGGGCCAACCAGAGGAGGAUUCAGGGGCGGUAUGAGCUGGUGCCCAGCUGGGACACCGGGCAGAAGGACCAUCUCUACCAGGCCGGGAAGAAACGAAUUCCCCCCUUGUCUGAGAGCUGGAGGGCACCAGGAAAAAGAAGGCUAUGCCCCUACUUUACUUGCAGCUCAGAAGGGUCUCGCACCAGCCCCGUGCAUGUCUAGCCCCAGUGGGAGAAAAGGAAGUACCUGGAGCAGGUUCCACUACAGGUCAGCGGAGAAAACACACGUGCCAGUUUUGUCAGACAGAGGAGGAUCUUUUAGAAGUAAAGCCAGAUAUUGUUCCAGGUCCAAGGAGUUAUCAGCAUACAUACAGGAUUCAUUUCUCCAGGGCAGGCUCAUACCGAUGCUCUGAAACAUCGCUGGGCUUUGAGGUGAGGGCUUUGGUGGCCAUUGAGUACCAAUGGGACUCCUGGGAGCGGCAUCUGAAGCCACAUCAGCUGCAGGGAUGGGUGGUCGCCAGCCCCUUGUUCAACAUCCAGGUGGAACCAGCUGGGGCCAUAGCAGCCAUUUACCUCCCGCACAUUGUGUGCCUCAAAGGUGGAGAGGUUGACAUUUCCCUCAUGUAUGUUGCUCACAUCGUUAAUGGGGAGCUGACCCUGGAGAAGCCGACGAGAGUGAAGCCGUUCUAUGCUGUGCUGGAGAACCCCAGCUUCUCCUGCCUGGGCCUCGUUUUCAGAUAUUUAUUUAAGCAUAUUCCAGUCCACUCCAAGGUGCUGCUGUAUCAUGCUGCCAUGAGUGCCCCCACAACCUUCCACGUCUACGUGAUUCCCUGUGAUGAUUCAUUAGAAAAGGCUGUGGAAGAGCACGAGGAGAAGCACAACGCAGUUCUUCUAGACAAGCCUCCGCAGAUUGACAACCCCCUCUACAUUGACAGGAAUUACACCGUGGCCAGCUCUCCAAAGGCUGAGAUACUACCCAAAAAACUCAAGUUCUCUUAUCCAAUUCAAGAGAGAAGGCAGCCCUUCGUUGAAGUCUACAUCAGGGACCUGGAGAUGAACAUCAAGCUCCAUAUCACAGAAGUUUCUUCCACUGAAGUUCUCUGGGAGGCCAUGGUGAGAGAAGAGGACAUACAGCGAGCCCGCUCAUCACCUGAGGAGCAGGCAGACCCACAUUUCAUUGACAGACACCGAGAGCAGCUGAUCCAGCGUGUCACGGUGGUGGAUGCCCUCCUGGACAAACUCUACGGACCUGUUUUGGACGAGGAGCAGUACCAGAGAAUCAGGGCUGGGGCCACCAACCAGGACAAGAUGCGCAGGCUGUAUGACCUGAUGCCCAGCUGGGACAGGGCAUGCAAAGACUCUCUCUACCGGGCCCUGAAGGUCCAACACAAGCACCUUGUGGCAGAGCUCAGUGAGGUGGUGAACUGGGCUCUUGUUGCUGCCAACUGAUGCCUGGCAGAAGGGUUACAUGGACAAAGACCAAAAGGCAUACAACAGUUUGGGAACAUAGAGGCCUUGAACUGCUGGAUGAUGAAACCACAGCCCUGAAUGUCCAAACCAGACCCUGGACUGCCUGGUCAGUAGGAUGGGGAGCAGGACUCACUGGCAGCGACUAGUGCAUUGCUAGCUAUGAGCAUGUGCACUUAGCUGCUAAAUAAACCUACGUGUGU